AUGUACGAUCCCCAGGAUGCUCCUCGGCUUGUAUUCGUAACUCUGAAGGAUGCGCCCCAUCGCCGAAGGGUAGCCAUCCCCCUGCCCGAAAACGCCGCUUGGGACAAGUUCACCGCCUCCGUGGCAGCCAAGCUCAAGCUGGGGGCAGUGGACGGCGUGUUCCUGGCCAGCACCGGGGAGGUCAUCACGCGACUGGAUCAGUUGCAGGACAUCGACGACCUUGCUGUGACGGAGGUGGAACCUGCCGUCCAUGACGAGGACGGCGACAGCAAAUAUCAGAAGCGCCAUUCGGCGCUGCAGCGCACGCUGCAGCCGCUCUUCCCGGGCCUCUUUUCGUCCAGUAAUGGCCGAUUGCCAGUGACCACCAAGUAG